CAAUCUUCAAAGUUCAAACAUGGAGGAGGUAACGCUACCAUACUCCGUACAACACGCUUCUCAGACCACUGCCGAUCGAUAUCGAUUCAUUCUCUUGAUGGAAAGGUCGAGAGCUAGUGACUACCGAUACCUGGCACUUUGCAUCAGAUUGCCGCAGAAGCAGGUGACUCGGGAGAGCAACAGGCAUCCUGGCUGCAGGGGUAUCAGCUAAAUGGUCGAGAUGAACAAUACGUGUAAAUUUUGUCUUCGAGAACGCUUCUCCCCCUCCACAGCCCGCCACGCACUACACUACUAGCCUCUAGGCCCCCAAACGGCCACACCCGCCACCAGGCCCUACCGAACCAGUGGAUGCUAUCCAAUCAAUGACAAGCAGAUAGGCGCACUUGCGACUGUUGGUUCCGGCUCUGACCAGAGCUACUCUGCAUCUUGAAGAGCGUUGUUUGUACGAAUUGGCUAACUAACUUGGGCCUUUGGCUUUCCUCAGCGUGGUGCCCUCGAGGCAGCUCUAGCAUGCAGCCCCCGCCGUCGUCGUGCAGAUUCCUAGACAGGUUUGUUCCCAGGCGAUACGGUAUGUCGGCAACCUAUCUAGGUACUGUAGGCUGCUUGUACGGAGUAUCUGAUGUCGGCAUAUGUGCUUGCUUCUCGAUAUA